CUUCGUUGGUCACCUCUCCCGUCCUGUGCGGCCACCACUACUCACUAUCUACUAAGCUAUCAGGGAUACGGGCCUGUCUUGUCUUUUUCUUCGCUCGCUCUUUCUUUAUAAGUCUUCGUUUUGAUGAUUGUAUGUUCCCUCUCGAUCCCUCCCUGCACGUCUGUUCGCUCGACCCGCCCAACUCGCAAGAGGAACAGCAGCUGCUGUGCCCGUCACCUCCCAUGCGGCAACCGCCAUGUCGCUUAAUGGGUUAGAUGAUCCCGCUGUCAUCGAUGCCUAUCAAACCGCUCUGGCUGAGGCUGGAGGAUGGCUCCUUCUCAAAUAUGCAUCACGAGAUGAAGUGACGCUUUUAGGUCGAGGGACCGGCGGCGUCCCCGAUGUGCGAGCAGCUGUCGAUGCAUACGAAGAAAAGUCGCCGCUAUAUGGCUUUCUACAAUAUCGGAGGAGGAAAGUCGUGCUCAAAUACAUGCCUGAUGGCGUCUCGCGGCUGAUUCAAGCCCGUACCACCGUCCAAUUCCAUUCAAUCCUCGAUAAAUUCUCCCCGCAAGAUACAACCUUCGAAUUUAAAACAGCACCAGAUCUGACAGAGAGCGCCUUGUCUUCCGCCUGUCUUUUACACGCCGCAUCAGGGUCAAUGACGUCUUCUUCUAGCUCGCUCCGUCGACGCAGGUUAAUGGAAAUCGCCGAGGAUGCAGAAGAAGGAGGUCCGGCUGCCAAGGUGGACUUGGAAUCGCCACUAUCGCAGGAUUCUUCGAAAAGGCUAAGUCAGGCGUCUGAUAUGACGGCCGUGCCGCCGCCAACCCGAGGCGAUGACAGUCCUUCUGAAGCCCGCAAUGUCGUUGAAGACGAAGCAGACGCGCGAGCUGAAACGGCAUCGGUGCAUUCUUUAUCGCGCAAGAAGUUUCUCGAUCAAUUGGCCCAGCAACCGUUUGAACAUCGAAGCUCGACUCAAUCCGCCCGCCCGUCCCUUCAGGAAUUGGGGCUUUCAACUCCGUACCGACAGAAAGUCAAAUUGGGUCCGCGGCCAUCUGUUGAUAUCAAUGGCCGUCCACGAACGGCAGGGAGCAUGUCUCGGUCCCAGGAACAACGCCCAGUAGCAGCUCUGCCUGCUGGCGUCCGUUCACGGAAGCCCGCAGGAAAUGCUAGUCGGCCCAAGUCGCAGCCUGACGCGGUGCCAGUUCCUACAUUAGCUUCGUUAAGAAAUGCCCCUCCAGUUCCCUUGCUGAUCCCCCCGCCGUCGAUAUUCAUACCGAAGCCGAAAUUAUCGCCCGGAGCCAAAUCAAUGAAUGCGCUUCCGUCAUCGGGCAUGUCUCCUGAAAAGCAACGAUUGAUGAAGGCGCUUGAACUACGCAAAAAGCAGAUGGAGAAAAGGACCCAGGAACUACAAAAGAAGGCGACACAGCGUGAAAACACGGUGCCCCAAGAUCCCUCCGACGACAAGGACAAUGCCAGCCAUUCACAGAAGACGAAGGCUAUUGAAGAGGAGCCGACCAAGAUCGAGGCUGUCGAACAAAAACCAGUUGUCGCUACGAUCACAGUAGAAGAACGCAAGCCAUUACCAGCAGAUCUCGCAAAAGCCGACUCUGCGGUGGAGAUGGUUGACAAAGCAAGAGACAGCGAUGAGUCGACGUCGGAUGUGCCUUCAAAAGAAGCGGAAGCUGAAGCUAUCCCUAUCGUGAUGCAGGACGAUGCUCCCAAGAACGGUGCGGAAAAACUGCAAUUCGAGUCACACGAACCUACGAGUCAGAUCUCGAGUCAGAUCUACGUGGAGGAGACUGCAUCAGAAUCUACAGUGCCAGAGUCUACGGAGUCUACCAAUGUGUCGAGCAUAGGCGCCGAUGAUGAAAAACGAAUGUCUGAGCCAGAAGUUACACAAGAUAACGCAAUAGACAUGGAGACUGUGCAAUCACAAAACAACCAGGAAAUCGACCACGAAGAUGGGGAAGGGGAGCGCACGCCUACCGCGCCGGUGGCUGCUCAGGCCGUCGAAGACAGCAUGGUUGAGUCGCAAGAAAUCAUCAUCGCGCUGGCUCAUGACGAGCAUAUGCUCGCUGAAGUCCAGCCCGAGGCGGUUCCUCUCCCCGAGCCCGGGGCGGACGAAGAGGAGCCUGAGGUCUCCACCGCGGCUAGCCAUGUCGCACUAGGAGCCCCCACCGCUGAGGCCCUCCAGCCGCCCCUCUCGCAGCCCCAAAACGAGGAAAAUAAUCACAGACAGAAGCGCAUUGCUCUUCUCGAGCCAAUCCAGGUGCCGACACCGGACUUAUCGGACGAAGACAACCUGCUCUCUGAUGAUUCAUUUAUGGAAGAGCUGAAAUCUGCCACCUUUCAGGAGGCCAAGCCUGUGUCAGUGGGUAAGGGCCCCUUGGCUCCCGACGGAGAGCCACGAACGCCCUUGGAAGCAUGGCAAACACGCGCCGUCUCCAACCCAGGUCGUCGACCCAGCGACUUUAACGCUAUGCCUAUCGUUGGCCGAUCGGCGUCGGCGACCUAUCCGGGAGACGAGAAUCAACAAGAGGAUCCUAUCCCUGUUCUCGUGGCUAAGAAAGUCAAUGUGUCUUCGGGCAUUUCCAAGCGUAUCAAGGCGCUGGAAAUGUUUUCGAACAAUCGUGAUAGCCCUACCAGCCCUGCCUUGAGCGUUCCUGCUAACAAUAAUGGCGUCUCCUCGCCGACGGCGACUGCUUUUGAGAAAUUCCGCAAACGAGCGUCUUUAUCCAUUAACGGCGGCCUUCCCUCAGGACCCCCCUCAACUCGAACGUCUUUCGUUUCCCCCUCACCAGAACCUACAAACUCGUCCUUGCGCCGAAAAGAAUCGCAAUCACUUUCAAAAAGCAACUCCGUAUCGGUGACUGCUCGUAUCGUUCGAGACCCCAGCACACCUCCGACUGACGUGAAUGCGGAUCCCUUGGAGUCAAACGCACUGAAUUUACAACGAAGCCCCUUGAUCGUCGAACACAAUUCUCCGGAAGCAUUAAACUCGUCUAUGAACAGCACACCCGAGCUUCGUCCUCGUACAUUUUCAACGAGAGGUCUCAGUCGCAGCUCGACUGACACCACCAUCCCUCGUUCAGAGAGUCGAGCAUCCUCGCGUUCACGAAUGGAUGAUAGGAAUGCUGAUCCAAGGAUGAGCCCCGAGGACAAGAAAGAUUCUCGUACGUCUAGAUUGUUUCGACGGAUGUCCUCCCUGACGUCUCCUCGCAAAAAUCUAAUCAGUCCAACCCGAGUAGAAAAACCACUACCAUUCCCACAAGUAGAAGGAACCGAGCCCGUGCCACCGCAAGCGGUCGACAUUGGCGAAGUCAACGUACAGUUCCCCGACACCUUGCUCUGGAAGCGUAGGUUCCUGCGAAUCGAUCAUCAAGGCUAUCUCGUCCUCACCCCUGGUAAUAUGGAUACCGGAGCGCGUAAUAUUGUGAAACGAUACCACCUCUCAGAGUUCACCACACCAUGCUUGCCUGAUGAGGAUCGACAAGAACUGCCUAAUAGCAUUUUGCUAGACUUCCGAAAUGGCAGUACAUUGCAGUGUGCCUGCGAAUCCAGAAAGGGGCAGGCUGCGAUCUUACAGACUCUCGUUGAUGCCCACAGUGCCUAUCAUCACUAAAUUAUGGUAGCUCAUUUUUUGUCUUGUCUAAACAGUCGAUCUCUGCAUUUCAGUGGUUAUACCCCGGCAACUAAAAAGGUUUUGUUAUUUUAUUUCGGACAUUUUGUCGUUGUAUAUUCUCUAUCUUUGAUAAGAUCUCAAGGUCCUUGAAGAGCCAUGAGUUGAGGAAAUCAUUAUUCUUUGAUAUUGCCAACUCAAGCCAAACUUGACUUCUUUUCAUUUCAUUUCGUUUCGUUUCCGGGACGUUGUACAGAUUCUCUCCUUACAAAUUUUGUUUCCUUCUACUGAAUAUUUAUCUGCUUGACGCAAUCUGUUUCCUACCACUGCUGCUACUUCUCUUCCUGUUUGACCCAAUACGAUUUUCUGUUAUAGUCACUUGACAUAGUGGGAGGCUCCUUUUUCAUCUAUAGACGGUUAUAGAACGAGU